GAAGAAUGCAAACAAAUACUGGCUCGGCAGAAAUCCAGUUCCCAGUCUGAUUCGCAUGACGAUGAGAUUUCCCCUCCUCCUCCCAACCCAGUGGUAAAAGCCCGACGCAGGAGAGGGGGGGUCAGUGCUGAAGUGUACACUGAGGAGGAUGCUGUUUCUUACGUCAGAAAGGUUAUUCCAAAGGACUAUAAAACUAUGACUGCUCUGGCAAAGGCCAUCUCCAAGAACGUGCUCUUUGCUCAUCUUGAUGACAAUGAACGAAGUGACAUAUUCGAUGCCAUGUUCCCCGUCACACACAUUGCAGGAGAAACAGUCAUACAACAGGGUGAUGAAGGAGACAACUUCUAUGUGAUUGACCAAGGCGAAGUGGAUGUUUAUGUCAACGGGGAGUGGGUCACCAGCAUCGGAGAAGGAGGCAGCUUCGGAGAGCUGGCGUUGAUCUAUGGAACACCCCGGGCUGCCACUGUCAAGGCUAAGACAGAUCUCAAGCUCUGGGGCAUCGACAGAGACAGCUACAGACGCAUUUUAAUGGGCAGCACACUGAGAAAGCGGAAGAUGUAUGAAGAAUUCCUGAGCAAGGUCUCCAUUUUGGAGUCCCUGGACAAAUGGGAGCGGCUGACAGUGGCUGAUGCACUGGAACCUGUCCAGUUUGAAGAUGGAGAAAAAAUUGUUGUGCAGGGAGAGCCCGGUGAUGACUUCUUCAUUAUUACAGAGGGCACAGCUUCUGUGCUGCAGCGCAGGUCUGACAACGAGGAGUACGUGGAGGUUGGAAGACUUGGUCCAUCGGAUUAUUUUGGUGAGAUAGCGCUGCUGCUCAAUCGGCCCCGGGCGGCCACGGUGGUGGCACGCGGACCCCUCAAGUGCGUAAAGCUGGACCGGCCCCGCUUCGAACGAGUGCUGGGUCCUUGUUCCGAAAUCCUCAAGAGAAACAUUCAGAGAUACAACAGCUUCAUUUCGCUCACCGUCUAAAUGAUUCCUACUGGAAAGCUGCCUUUGUGUGACCUUGUGCACUUAAGUUUGCUCUGUGCAGCUCCAUAGCUUUAUGAAGAAAAAACACGGGAAGUGUGCAUUUUAUGCCUGUUUUUUCUGUUUGUGUCACGUGCUGGAUGUCAGUUCAAAUCUCAUGUAUCAUGUAAGUAGGAAGACAACUGUUUGGGUAAGACUAGCUUUGGGGAAGAUUAGGCUCUUGGCUUGCCAGCAAGAUUUUUACCUAUUGUUGGAUCAUAUAGCUUAAAACUGUGUUUUUAACUAUUUAAAAUUCAUACGAAUUUCUAAUUCCCAUAGCAUCUCUGAAGUUGGUCUUAAUCACCUUUUGUCAAGCUUCUUUGAUCAAGUGAUGU